UCCAUCAUCUCGAAUCUUAUUAAAGCUGACUGCCAGAGACAGCGAGCAAACAGUUUCGAUUUCAAGGGAUUCCAAACAGCUUUCAAUUAGCAACAUGAAUGUGUUCCUUGUUUUUGCCGCCGUUGCCGCUCUAGCAUACGCAGAUGCUGUGGGGCUAACAAAUGAAAAGAUCGCCGAAAUUAGGCAGAAGGCCAAGGCCUGUGUCGAACAGGAAGGCGUCACCAAGGAGCAGGCCAUUGCCCUAAAGGCAGGGAACUUCACGGACAUCGAUCCCAAGGUGAAGUGCUUCGCCAACUGUUUCCUGGAGAAGUCCGGACUCGUGAUCAAUGGACAGGUGCAGCCCGCUGUCGUUCUGGCCAAAUUGGGGCUGUUGGCCGGCAAGGACCUCGUGAAGGACGUUCAGGCCAAGUGCGAUAGUGUUAAGGGAGCGGAUAAGUGCGACACCAGCUUCCAGCUGUACAAGUGCUACAAAGCUAAGUUACCUGCUAAGUUUGAAGAACAAAUUAAAAUCAUCUAAAUUUUUUCUGAACUGCAAAAUAACACUUGCGUUUUGUUUCACUUUGGUCUGUGAACAGAAGUUAUUACCUAAUUGUAUUUGUAACAAGUGACAAAACAAUUUAGUUUCGAUAAAUUUCAAAUUUUCCAAGACCGUUUAUGCAAUUAAAUUUAUUCUUUUUUUUUAUUACGUGUUAAAAAUAGCAUGCCCAGGAUCCAAGACUUUGCUAUGGCAAUAUGACUAUAACAAAGUUUGGCUUAACUAUAACAAAACUAAUAAGCGUGAAAUCAUUCUGAAAAAAGCGUUCAAUCAUUAAUUAGAGGCCUUUUAGUAGUUGGAAGUAAUCUAUUAAAAACACAUCAGUCGUUUUUGUUUCUGUAUAGAAACACGGUCUACAAAAUGAAAACGCCGCUUGUCUGGGUGCUCUUACUUGAGCUAAUAGCGCUGUCAACUUCCCAACAGUUAAAAGAAUUAGAAGGACUCAAAAAUGUCGUUGACUGUGCAAAUGAAAUAAAAGUUUCACUGGAUGACGCCGUUCUAUACCUAAAUUCAGGAACAAAAAUAUUAAAAGAUUACAAUAUUAAGUGCUUUUUGAAGUGUUACUUCAAUCGAGAGACCUUAUUUAAAAAGGCCGCUGAUGAAUUGAAAAAGAGAAACAUAACUGACCCUUGUCUUUUGAUCAAGGAUGCUGAUAAAUGCGAGGAAGGCUCUAAGAAGUUUUUGUGUUAUUACCAAGGAAUCAAAUAAAACUUCUUCAUUCAUUUUGAACUGCAAAGAAUA